AUGCUGGAUCUGGAGGUUGUUCCUGAGAGAUCCCUUGGCAACCAGCAAUGGGAGUUUACCUUAGGAAUGCCCCUGGCUCAGGCUGUGUCUAUCCUCCAGAAACAUUGCCGAAUGAUCAGGAAUGUGCAGAUCCUCUAUAGCGAACAAUGUCCUUUGAAUCAUGACCUCAUACUUAGCCUUACUCAGGACGGGAUCAAACUGUUGUUUGAUGCAUUUAAUCAAAGGCUAAAGGUGAUAGAAGUAUAUGAUUUGACAAAAGUAAAAUUAAAAUAUUGUGGGGUUCAUUUUAAUUCCCAGGCCAUAGCUCCCACUAUAGAGCAGAUCGAUCAGUCAUUUGGAGCAACACAUCCAGGAAUAUACAACUCAGCAGAACAACUGUUCCACCUCAAUUUUCGAGGUCUGUCGUUUUCCUUUCAACUGGAUUCCUGGACGGAAGCCCCUAAGUAUGAGCCCAACUUUGCCCAUGGAUUGGCAUCACUUCAGAUACCACAUGGAGCCAUGGUGAAACGCAUGUAUAUAUACAGCGGUAACAGCCUCCAAGAUACAAAAGCUCCAGCUAUGCCUUUGGGAUGCUACAUGGGCAAUGUAUAUGCAGAGAGUGUGGAUGUCCUGCGAGAUGCAUCUGGUCCCCUAGGGCUGAGACUCCGUUUACAGAGCACAGGUUGUGGUCCAGGAGUAAUGGCCGAUGCUAAGCUGCGUGUAUCUGAGCGGUGUGUGUAUUUUGGAGACUCGUGUCAGGAUGUGCUGAGCACACUCGGAGCUCCACAUAAAGUCUUCUACAAGUCAGAGGACAAGAUGAAGAUUCAUUCCCCGUCCCCCCAUAAGCAAGUCCCAGCAAAGUGCAAUGAUUAUUUCUAUAACUAUUUUACGCUGGGUGUGGAUAUUCUUUUUGAUGCAAAUACCCACAGGGCCAAGAAGUUUGUUUUGCAUACAAAUUAUCCUGGACAUUACAACUUCAAUAUUUAUCAUCGUUGUGACUUUCGGAUUCCGCUAACUGUGAAGAGAGGCAGGUCAGAAACACAAACAGAAAUCUGCACCACAUACAGUAAGUGGGACAGUAUUCAAGAACAUCUAGGGCACCCAGUGGAGAAGCCAGUUGUCCUUCACAGAUCAUCAUCGCCAAACAACACAAACCCCUUUGGAUCAACCUUUUGUUUUGGUCUCCAGAGGAUGAUUUUCGAGGUGAUGCAGAACAACCACAUAGCAUCAGUCACUCUUUACGGUGCCCCAAGAGCCAGCGGGCAGCAGAAAUCCUCCGGGCUCAGCCAGUAA